CAAAACAGCACUAAAGUAGCACCGAACCUUGGCAUCAGUUUUGGGGGGAUCCAGAAUUUCGGGAUCACAUGUUAAUGAAGCUGUAACAGAGCUUGGAGAGAAGGGAGAGUCUGUAGCAGAGGGAAGUCCAGAAUCAGAAAUGGAAGGGGAUGGGGGUCAAGAGGCAGAGUGGAGGCAGGCUGCUGAAGAAGCCAGGGCAGCUCCCCUUCCUGCUGUGACCAGCUCUCCUCCUGGCUGGUCUCUCAGAACACGCAGAGAAAUGAGAGGGCUGAGCUAAGAGAGACAAGACAAAGGAGCCAACAUGUCAUCCUGCGACCAAGCACAAUAGUUUGGGAUCCUUGUCUUCAAUGAACUGUGAGUCAUCACGCACAAAUAAACACCUUUUUGUUGCAGUUUGACUCAUUGUAGCCAGAAGACCUAACAGGCAACAAUUUCAUAAUGGUGUGGCAAAGCGGGAUUUUGUGUUUUUAGAAAUGCUAAUAUCUAAGCCUCAAUAUCUAUGUGGAUGUACGAAAUAUCACAAUUUUGCAGCAAAAUGGUAUGGUUCACUAUGCCAACACAAUAUGCUAAAAGGUGGACUUUGGCCAUUACUUACCUGACUUAAUGAUGGUAUAGUUAUCUCUGUGGUAGUGGUUGUUGUUGUUGUUGUUGUUGUUGUUUUUGUUGCUGUUGUGUUUUAGUUAACUGCCAUAUUGCUUCUUCUAAUUUGUCAUUGGAAAUCAGAGUUCUCUCUUCAAGAAGAGAUCAAGUUAUUUACUUUUUUUUACAUGUUAAAGUUUUGUGCUUGUAAAAUUGGGUGAGUUAACUGAAUAAAGCAUAAAAGACCAAAUUAAUAACCAGAUGUGGCAAUAUGGCAUGCAUGCAUUUUGUCAGUGACAAUACCCUUGGAGGUUGUUGCUGUCUCUGGAUCAGGUACCACUUCUAUGCACUUUUUGCUUAUGUCAUUGUGCAUGGAGGUGGGGGUCGAUGGUGAGAUGGACACCUGCUGCCCAAUCACAGCAGUGGUAAACCCCAUAUUUCGCCAAUGUUUUCUAUGGACAGUUCUCACUUCUGGCCCAGGGAAAAGACAGGAUAUAUACAUGGAACAAACAAAUAAAUAAGAACAUAACAUCAAUUAAUAAUUUUAAAUUCAAGUUAUCACCUUUAUUCCACCCAAAUAAAUGGUUUUCAUGAUCUCCUAGACACACAGAGAGUAAAAUGUAAUGCUACAAAGAUUCAAAAUCAUGCCAAUUAAGUAACUGGUGGAGCGCUUCAGAGGUCAAUUUGGACUGAAUAACCAGCAGAAAAAGUACUCUGUGGUUAUAGUAGACAAAUUCAUCCAAUCAGAUCUCAGUGUAUGUUGUAAGAUUAAGAAGGGAAAAAAAUCAAUUCUGAUUUAUGACAGGAGUCUUUCUAAGUUAUGUGAAAGCUAAUUUGGGACUACAGAAAGGUAUUGCCCUAAUACAGCUGAAUGUUGCUGUAUCAGUUUACUUUGUUAAUGUAUUAUUCAUUGUUUUGAACAUGGCAGGACAAUGAAAGAGAAUUCUUGAAUAAUACCCUGGAGAAGCUGGAUGGAUAAAACAAUGCCACUGCUUCCCUUCCUGUUAAAUAUAAUAGCAAAGUAAGCUGUUUGUCCCGUAUUACUUAAUUUAGAAAUGCUAAAAGCUUUUUAAUAUGGCUGUAUGGGUUGACAACUGCAAUUGAUAGAGUUCUCUUUUUUUACUGCGUCUGCGUAAUAUGUUUGCUGCUGCUACCAAAAGUUUUGUUAAGCAGGUUGGUGAUGGAGGUCGACUAGUACCUGUUCGUAGCCUCAGUGAAGCUGAUAAAUAUCAACCCCUCAGUCUUGUUAUUAAGAAGAAAAGUUGUCUUAUUUCAAGAAGAUCCAAAUUUGUUUCAACACCAUUCAGCCUAAAAGACAUUCUUCAAGGAGAGAAAGAAAUUUCAGCUGGUAUUUCAUCCUACCAGUUACUGAAUUAUGAAGAUAAAUCAGAUGUAGCGCUCAACGGUAGACGAGGAAAUCCCAUUAUGAACUCCGCUGGGGUCAAUAUCACUGGAUCAGACUCUCUUGCAGUGAAGGCUUCCUUUGGCAUUGUAACUAAACAUGAGGUUGAGGUACCAACAUUACUCAGAGAACUUACCAGUAGAAAAAUGAAUUUUGAGCACUGCCUUGUUCGUCAGUCACGAGACAGUAAAAGGACAGUUCUUUGUGUGGUCAUGGAGAGUAUUCGAACGACACGGCAGUGUUCACUGUCCGUGCAUGCUGGCAUGAGAGGUGACACAAUGAGGUUUCAUAUUAUUGAUGAGUAUAAUUACAAAGGACGUGACAAAGCUAUCGUCUUUCCUGCUCAUACAACUAUUGCAUUUAGUGUGUUUGAGCUUUAUAUUCACUUGGAUGGUAAUUUUGAGCUCUGUGUCACUCCAGAAUCAAAAGGAGGAUUUGAAAGAGAGCCAUCAAGAUCAUUUUCACUAACUAAAUUAAGGAAUCUGUUUUAUCGAAACAAAAGGGUAAUGGAUAUCAUAGCUCACUCAGACAAUUACUUAGAUGACCUUUUCACAGACUACUAUGAAAAAGCUGCAAGCAUGACGGAUGUCUCCACGAACUAUUUCCGAGAGGGGGCCCAUAUACGAGUGAAUUUGCUUAACAAUCACAUCCCCAAAGGUCCUUGUUCGUUGUGUGGAAUGGGAAGCUCCAGAAGAGAAACUGUCUAUGGUUGUCUUGAGUGUUCUUUUAAUGGACAAAAGUUUGUACGACUACAUGCUGUGCCUUGUUUUGACCUCUGGCACAAGAGAGUGAAAUGAAAAUUUCUGGAAAUGCAUGUUGGUUGGAUCCAGAUUGUUGCUUGCACUUAGUACCCACUGAAAUUAAGUCACACCUGACUUUUCCACUUUGAGGUCAGGAAGACCUAAGUACAACCGACUUGGCCUGGAUUAAACCCUAUGCAUAUAAUUAGGUGUGAUUGUGCCAUGGAAUUUCUCGUGCAUUUUGAUUGCAAAAUAUGGAGCCACAAAUGCUUUUUUGCCUUCCGUGUUUUUAAAGGAAUGCAAAAUAGAACUUGAUAUAAUGGCUUCCCACAUAUGCUCUGCUAUUGGUUAGUUCUUUCUCAUAAUGUAACAUAGCUAAGAGAUACACAUCCAAGUUAAAAAAUUCACAAUAGCAUUUUGUAAUAAAUCUAAAACAUGUGUAAAUUAUGUUUAGAAGUAACUGUUUGUAGGAGUAAUUUGGAAGCAUUGGCUUUUGUCUAAAGGCAAGAAUGUGUUUCACCUUAACUACACCAUAGUAAGACAGUAAUGAAAAGAUAUGAAUUAUUUAUUAAUGACAU